AGCAGCUUCCUGACAGCUUGUCUUCUUCAUUGGCUUGGGGGCCGAGCAGGUCAACCUACUGGGGCACGGGGCUGCUGACAUGGGGGCCCUUCUGUGGUUGCUCCUGCUUUUGCGGCUCCAGGCAGCCGAAGGGUAUUCUGGAGAUGAUGUGGAUACAGAAGAAGUAGUUGCGGUCCUUCAGGAGUCCAUCAGCCUCCGCCUGGAAAUACCAGCCGAUGAAGAGGUUGAGAACAUCAUCUGGUUCUCUUACGUAAGGCUUGCCACCGUGGUUCCGGGGAAAGAGACACAGCCGGCUACCGUCAUGGUGACCAACCCUCGAUACGAGGGCCGAGUGAGCUUCCUGGACCCCAGCUACUCCCUGCACAUCAACAAUCUGAGCUGGGAGGACUCAGGGCUGUACCAGGCUCAGGUCAACCUGAGGACAUCGCAGAUCUCCACCAUGCAGCGUUACAAUCUACGUGUCUACCGACGGCUGUCGGAGCCUCGUGUCACCGUGAACUUUGAGAUUGCUCAGGAAGAUGGCUGCAAUAUAUCUCUGACCUGCUCUGUAGAGAAGGCAGGCCUGGACGUGACCUACAGCUGGAUCUCCUGGGAGGAUGGCAUGGACACAGUCCACGAGAGCUCUGCCCUCAGCACAUCCUGGCGACCUGGGGACGAUGCCCUCUCCUACACCUGCAGGGCCAGCAACCCCGUCAGCAGCAUCGCCUCCCGCCUCAUCCCUGCCGGGCCCUUCUGUGCAGAUCCUGGCUUUCCUUCGGAGAAGGCGACUUACUUCUGCCUCUUGGCCAAGGGACUGCUUCUUCUCUUGCUCGUCGUAAUUCUGGCCGCGGGGCUCUGGCUCAUCCGAGCCCAGAAACAAUGCCAAACGCCAAGGAUGAGGAAGCUCAAGAGAAACAGACUCAGACUGAAGAAGAAGGAGAAGCCCCGCCCCAGCCUGGCCUGAGCGCCCCUGGGGACCCCUGUCCUGAGCACUGUUUCUCCCCAGCCCCUGGGGAGUCCUCCCCCGCCCCACCUGGGGGCUUCUCCUCCCAGGGGGCAGCGGGGUGGGUAUCCAAAGGGCCAUACUCCUCAGGUCGGGGGGCAUGAUUC